AUGACAGGGAUGGCGCUAUUGCUCGUCCCGCUGCUUCCCUGCCUCGUCACCUCAGCUCUACCCAACGCUGGGAAAAACGCCACCACGUCUGGGGUUUCCAGUGAAGAGCCUGUCGUGAGUACGGCUGACGCGUCUCUAUUCAUCUCUGUUUAUCUGGGGAAACGUGGCACAUCGAGUCCGAAGAGUUCAAAAAGAAGCUUAGACAUGAGAAGCUUAGACAAGAACCAAACAGUGGCAACACUCGGAGCCAAUGAGAAAGAGAAGCUGGACAUCAGACUUCCUCGGUCUCUCAAGCCCCUCCACUACUUGAUCAGACUUCAGCCUUUAAUCAACGGUAACUUGAGCAUCUUCGGCUACGUGGAGGUGGAGAUGGAGGUCCUGGAGCCGACCUCCAACAUCACGCUCCACUUAGCCGACAUCAUCACUAAAAAUGACACUGUCAAGGUUUCCGCUCUGAAUGGAACGGCAUCUGUAGGCAUCAAGAAGCAGCAGUACGAUCCUGAGCGCGAGUUCUACAUCGCCCACCUGGAGAAGCAGCUGGAAAAGGCCGAGAAGUACGUGCUGUCGAUGGACUUCCUCGGGAUCCUGGGCGUUUUUAAAGGCUUCUUCAAAUCGACCUACACAGACAUCGACGGAACUACAAAGAACGUGGCCGCGACGAUAUUCCAGCCCACGGACGCCCGCCGCGCCUUCCCGUGCUUCGACGAGCCAGCCCUGAAGGCGACCUUCGAGGUCCACCUGGCGAGGGAGACCUGGAUGACGUCACUCUCCAACACGCCCCUCGCCGAGACUCGGCCUGUAUGCUUUAACAAUAACCGCGAGGGUCAGGAGGGCUGGGUGUGGGACCGCUUCGAGAGGAGCGUCCCCAUGUCCACCUACCUCGUCGCCUUCCUCGUCUCAGACUUUACAUACAUAGAGUCUUGGAAAGACGACCAAGCGCAGUUCAGAGUUUGGGCGCGGAGAUCAGCCAUAGAGAAUGCAAGAUACGUAGCCUCCAUCGGGCCUAAGAUUUUGAACUUCUACGAGGACUACUUCAACAUUUCCUUCCCUCUCCGGAAGCAGGACAUGGUUGCUUUGCCAGACUUGUCGGCCUUAGCCUUGGGAAACUGGGGCCUCACGAACUCUAGCAAAGUGAAGGACAUGGACGCCAACCAGCGGAGUAUCCAGCAGGUGUUGGAGGAGAUCAAGGGAAACGUCGGCUGGAUGGAGUCCAACUACGACGCCAUCGCCGAGUGGCUGGCGGAGAAGGGCUACUCGGCUGGGCUCGUCGGGUUCUGA